UGCUCGGUCGCCAACACGUUUUCCUCGUAUCCAAGAAACCGGAUUCAAUUUAAUAUUUACAAUACUUUUACAGUUUUUUUUAUAUUUUAAAACGAAUUUUGACUUAAAAGUGAAGGCAUUCUGCUAGUGUUUAGGUUUUGUGUCUAUAAAAGUCUGUGAGCAUUCGGCAUCAGUGGGAAGAUAUAAUGAUUAAAAUUGUGGUAACUCUCUGUACAUUCAUAGUGAUAGUGGCGAGUGGCAAUAUUACCUGGACGCCACUGGAUACCCUGCCACUAACUUGUGCGUACCCUUGCAAGAACACGAAGGAGGUGGUAGUGUGGCUAGAGCCCGGCCUGUCGCCGAAGGACAGCAGCCGCUACUACGUGUACAUAAAUGAAACCUUCCCCGCGGACAGCGUCACGAAGUUCUCGUUUGAUUCAGAGGUCAAGGUCAUCCUCACAGUCAGAUCGGAAGAGAAGAAAUUCUCAAGGAUUUCUUUGAAUUCUGGCGAAAGCUUCACACUUCGCCUGUUCAAGCAACUAACAGGCCUUAGUUUCAUAGUGAAGGGAAGCACACCAGGACUUACACCCUAUUUGACUGCUCUCAGUAUCAAUGGUGUGAAUUAUUGCGAUGCCUCUGAUGUGGGAUACCUUUAUCAGUAUGCAGCUGAUAUUGGAAGUAUGUCUGGGGAAUAUCAGUGGAUUGCUGAAAGCCAGAAAUCCAAAAAUGUCGACUGCGGAAGACCUAAAGUCGUUCACGCAGAGCCCUUGGUGAACGGCCCGACGAAGCCUGGAGACUGGCCGUGGCAUGCAGCUAUUCAUUAUAGGUUAAAAGCAUUGAAACGUAAAAUGUAUAUAACAGGUGGCACCCUCAUUUCCAAGAACAUGGUGAUGACAGUUGCGCACCACAUGGUUGGCAAAGGAAAACUACGUUCGCCAGAUGUGUUCAGUGUGGCACUUGGAAAAUAUACUUUGGACGCCGAGGAAGAGCAGUCCCAAGAUAGGAAUGUUCAAAAAAUUAUUAUUCACGAGGAUUUCAACCCUAAAAACUUUUCAAGCAACAUUGGUCUGCUAAAGCUGGACAAGGACGUGACCGUUACUGAUUUCGUACGGCCGGCGUGCCUGUGGCACAGAGGGGCUGCUGACAGACUGAAGGACAAAACAAUUACAGGCAUUAUAGUAGGCUGGGGGUACGGAAACGACAACACCUUUCCAGACACGUUGCAGCAAGCCUUGCUGCCCAUGGUGUCCGCGGAAGUCUGCAUCAGGAGCUACCCGGACUUCUUCGCAUACUACUUGCACAUGAACAGCUUCUGCGCCGGGUAUCAUAACAACGGGACCUCUGCGUGCAAUGGAGACAGUGGAGGCGGUUUCCACAUCUUCGUCCCAGAUGAGCAACAAGAUGGAAGUAGGCGCAUGUCAGGCUCUUGGCACGUCCGGGGCAUCGUGUCCCACCAUCUAGCCCUACUCAACAAGAAGGAAUGCGACCCAGACCAGUACACAGUGUUUACGGAUGUGGGAAAACAGUUGGAUUGGAUUGAAGUGCACUUACAUGACUGACGAUUAUAACUAUUCAUUAUAGGACCCAUUUACGCGAAAAGGUCGCCCACAAUAGGUCGGUGUCGAGAAAACGAGACUUGUGUAAAAACUAACCAGGCUAAUCCAGCCUUUCUAGAACUCCCUAAUUCAUAAACUUAAUUAGGUUUUAGUUAAUUUAAGCUAUUACAAAAAAAACUGUAAAAAACCAAUUUGUCCCCAUCUUAGGCUUUCAUUUUUAAAGUAUUUUGAUAAAUAACAAUGUUGUUUACUUUAAACACUUUUUAUUGUUAUGAAAUAUCUAUCUGUGUAAGGUUCGCGGAGGCUUUCCUCAUGAAUGUGGAAUGAAUCUUUUGCUAUUCCCACUAU